AUGGCUUACUCCUCCAAGCCGCAGCCCAACCUCGAUGGGUUGGGCAUCUUUUGGAUCGUCUGGACCUUUAUCUGGACUUUCAUCGUUAUUAGUGGCAUGGUCUUCCUUUGGCGCCGUCGCGACAUGCCUAUGCUUCGAAUUCGAGACCUUCCACUUACCUUUGUCGCCAUCAUGAUGCUCCACCUCUACUGGGGCGCCGUCCAGACCGGAUAUGUCUACUUCCCACUAUUUACUCCUGAGGGCGAGUACUGGAUCAUGAGCAUUUACUUUCCUAUCGGUAUCGCCUUGUUUCACGCCUCCAACAGUCGCUUUUUGCAUGUUGCCAAGCAGCAAAAGGAGCUUUAUGCCUCGGAUGAGAAGUCCUACAGUAGGCCUCGUGCAAGGCGGGAUACUUGGCUUGGGAAAUUCCAGGCUUUGGAUUACACUAGGAAGAUUCUCGUAACAAUUGGAUUGGGCAUGACUGUUCAGUUCAUCCUCACCAUCAUCAUGUGGUGCAUCUCCAAGAAGUUCCAUCACAGCUGGGGUCUUGCAGGUACUGAGAUUCACCCUGGUACUGAAGAGUACGAAAAGGCUCAGAUUGGCAAGGGAUGGGAAUGGUGGCCUUCUGUCUUCUGGCAAUUUAUCUGGGCAUGGGUCGUCGCCCCUUACAUCCUCUGGCAGUCGCGUGGCAUCAAUGACACGCAGGGAUGGAGAACUCAAACCAUUGCUUGUUGCAUUGCCAACCUUCAUGCCACUCCUAUGUGGCUCGUCGCCUUGUAUGUUCCAGCUAUGGCACCUAUUAACGCCUACUGGAUUCCUCCCCAAUGGCUUGCCAUCUCUAUCAUGGCCAUUGAGAUCUUUACCAUCUUCUGGCCCUGCUGGGAAGUCCUCCAGCACCAAACCCUGCGUCAAGAGACCCUUGACUCCAUUGCCCAAUGGCAGCUCAACAAAAAGGCGGUCACCCAUGGUGCUCAAUCUGUCGUCAAUGGAUCCACGACUGUCGCUGCUUCAGCUCUUACCGCCUGGUCCAAGGACGGUUCCGUCAAGAGCAGCGCUUCAGGUGAGAGUAUUCUUACCAUGGAGGCUCUCGAGUAUGUCCUUGAACGCAACCCCGAGCCUCUUCAACAAUUCUCUGCCCUUCGCGACUUUUCUGGCGAAAACAUUGCCUUCUUGAGAGCUGUCGCUGAGUGGAAGUCUUCACUGCCGCCUUCCGUCCGAGACCCGGAGAAGAUCAAAGAGCCUGCUGUGCAAGAGCUCGUCCGCGAACGAUUCAACAGUGCCCUGCGCAUUUACACCAGCUUCAUUAGCUCGCGCGACGCCGAGUUCCAGAUCAACCUAUCUUCCCAACAACAACGCAAGCUCGAGACUGUCUUUGAGAACUCUGCGCGUGUCCUCUUUGGUGACAAGGGUACCGUCGACCCAGCACUACCAUUUGAGACAUUCCAGAUGACCACAACCGCAAAUAAGGUCAAGUCUUCUGGCGCUUCGACACACGGUUCCGAGACGGGCAUCAUGUCUACAGAAUCCGACUCUGGAAACCAAAGCGACAGGGCUCUUUACUGGGGCGACAUCCCCGAAGGCUUUGACGCGACCAUCUUUGACGACUCGGAGGGACACAUCAAGUACCUUGUUCUGACCAACACGUGGCCCAAGUUUGUCAAGGACCGACGAUGCUCAAUUGACUCGAAUGAUACCCUGGAAGCUGGAAAUGGAAUCCCUGCCGGUCGAUAG